CGCACAUUCUGAGUAAAAGCUACACAACAAGCCUACUACUCUCACAACCACAUUUCGUUUACGUUUUCAACCAACGAAAUAAAUAUAUAACUAACUGUAGUCACGUGUUUCGCGGAGUGUUAAUUGUCAAAGUUAUCAUUAUCAUUAUCUUGCAACGUCACUGUUUAAGUAAAGAUGGCCGCCACAGUAAACCACGUGUUCGAGUACGAGAACGAGUUGAACGACAAUCUAUACAACUUGAAGAUGUCUGGAAACAAUAAAAACAACAACAAAAACAAAAGCGCAAGCCGUAAGGUGAGAAAAUUAUUGAAACCUUUACUACGUUUGCUGAAGAAGAAGAGCUACAAAUUCGCCAAGAGCAGCAGUCAGAAAGCAGAGCCACAAUCUGAAAUAUUCACUGAAGAGGUUGACAAUCAAAACAACAGCAACGAGGCAUUGGAGCAGCGAUUGCUAGCUGAUUUGGCAAAUGCCGAAGAAGGUGCAGCCAUCACAGUGUGCCUCGAUGGUCAAAUGACAGUUGUGCCUGUGGUUCCUGGACAGUGCUACGUACCAGUUCACUUUGCACACACAUGUGCUGGUGACUUUUACUGGACAACAAUUUCACUGGGUGACAGUGAUCUCUGCUACAAAGAACGUGCCUUCUCGCAGAACCAAUUGCCUGAGAUGCAAGUUGCUUGAACGGUAUGUACCACAACUUAUAUGGCUAUGAAUGCUGCCAUCAAUAUCUACCUCAACAUUUACAUCCAUGGAUGGACUUUGUGGAUGGUUAUAUAAAACAACUUCAAAGGACGCUUCGAACGCUGAGACACAACCGGUUCACGGAGAACUAAUUUCGAGAUUUGGUCUUUAUUCAGAGCAAGGCCAAUGCAAGUGUCAUUCACCAGCGGUCAACGACAUAAUCUGUCAACUACACCUGAUAUUAGUUAUUAGUAAUAAGAUAAUUUUUAAAUACUGUGAUCAAUAGAGUUUAGAUUUCUUUUUUUUUUUUUUCAAUAUAAAUUUAAUUUUAAUUGCUCAAUUUUUUUCGUGUUUUAUUGUACACGAUUUUCGAUUUUAUAUUCAAUUUAUUUAAUUAUUGUAUUUUGAUAAUAAUAAUAAUAAUUAAUAUUGUGAUAUCUGUACCUAUAUAUUAUAGAUAUUUAAUUUAAACAAAGAAAAAAAAUUAUAAUUAUAAAACAUUUAUAUUGUGAUAAUUGUAAUUUCGAU